GCCGAGGGUAAACUGUGGAGGAGGGAGGCGACGCAUCAAGGUUGCAGCGCAGACGAUCAGGACUGUGUGUCUGUGUUUGUUUGUGUGUGUUUGUGUGUCUGUGUGUGUCCCAGGACCUACACACACACAUCCACCGCUUCUUGGCUUCUGGACAUGCUUCGGGAUCUUGUCUCUGAGCAGCAGCAGCAGCAGCAGCAGCAGCAGCAGAAGAAGAGGAUCUAAUGUCAGAUCACUUGUUUUGAUCUCGGUGUGGACGCUGGGCUAGUCCCUCUCCUGGAUGAUCUGGUUGCAGGGAGAUGAAAAGUUCUUGAAAGGGUCACAGCAGCUGAUCCUGAUUCAGCAGAGGACAAAUGGGCGCCGGAUCAAUCCUCUAUUCUUAACCACUGACUCUGCCUCCUUGAAGUCUUGGAAUCUUUCAUGAAGACACCUGCUCAGUCGGGUGAGUGAGGGGUUUUUCCUCCCAGGUUUGACUCGGCCUCCGCCAUGGCAGGGGACCUCUACAGCCCCCCAUCCCCGCUGGGGGAAUCCCUCCUGGGCAGUCCUCUGUGUGGAGACCUGAUGGAGGACUACUGUGACAUCUCCCAGUCGAUGGAAGACAGCGCACUGGGAUUUGACAUCCCAGAAUACCGGAGCACCGGCUCAGGGUCCGAGAGCUCCACUGCACUGGACACCCUGACCCCGGCCUCCAGCCCGCUGUCGGGGGUUUGCGGAGCUGCACCGGGAACAGAGGAGAGCCUGAACCUGGAGUGCCGGGUGUGCUCGGACAAAGCUUCAGGCUUCCACUACGGGGUGCACGCAUGCGAGGGCUGCAAGGGUUUCUUCAGGAGGACCAUCAGGUUGAAGCUGGAGUACGACAAGUGUGAACGCAGCUGCAAAAUCCUGAAGAAGAACCGCAACAAGUGCCAGUACUGCCGGUUCCACAAGUGCCUCUCUGUGGGAAUGUCCCACAACGCCAUUCGGUUUGGUCGGAUGCCACAGGCGGAGAAGCUGAAACUCAAGGCGGAAAGCAAUAUGGUGGAGAAGGAAGCGGAAAGCCCCAUGCUGGCAGACCACAAGAUUCUGGUCAGGCAGAUCCAUGACGCCUACAUGAAGAACUUCAACAUGAGCAAAGCGAAGGCGAAGCUCAUACUCACCGGAAAAACCAGCAAACCGCCGUUCAUCAUCCACGACAUGGAGACGUUCCAGCUGGCCGAGAGGACGUUAGCGGCCCACAUGGUAAACGGUGACCAAGCCGAGCCCGAGUGCGGCCUUCAGUCGCGGGCUGUGGCUCUGGACGCAGAGUGCGGGGAGCUGGAGCAGAGGGAGGCCGAAGCGAGGCUCUUCUUCUGCUGCCAGAGCACGUCUGUGGAGACGGUGACGGAGCUGACAGAGUUCGCGAAGGCCGUGCCGGGUUUCCAGAGCCUGGACCUGAACGACCAGGUGACCCUAUUGAAGUACGGUGUUUACGAGGCCCUCUUCACCCUCCUGGCCUCCUGCAUGAACAAAGAUGGCCUCCUGGUGGCACGUGGCGGCGGUUUCAUCACACGUGAGUUCCUCAAAAGCCUCCGUCGUCCUUUUAGCGACAUGAUGGAGCCCAAGUUCCAGUUCGCCACGCGCUUCAACUCUCUGGAGCUGGACGACAGCGACCUGGCCCUUUUCGUGGCCGCCAUCAUCUGCUGCGGAGACCGUCCCGGCCUGGUGGAUGUACCUCUGGUGGAGCAGCUGCAGGAAAGCAUUGUCCAGGCGCUGCAGCUCCACCUGCUGGCCAACCACCCUGACAACACCUUCCUCUUCCCCAGACUUCUGCAGAAACUGGCCGACCUGCGGGAGCUGGUCACCGAGCACGCCCAGCUGGUGCAGGAAAUCAAGACGACUGAGGACGCUGCUCUGCACCCGCUGCUGCAGGAGAUAUACCGGGACAUGUACUGAAGUGAGCACACAGUCAGGAAACCGGGACGUGUAUUAAAAUGUCGAUUAACUUGGGGUAGAUACAGUGAACAUUAACCGAUACUAUCAUGCAUAUCAAUGUACUGUAAGAAACUUAUUGUGCAGCUUCCGUGGACGUGCACUGCUGUGAACGUGUGACUCUGAGGAAGAAAACUAGAGUGAAGUUCUUUUCCGGGGGAACGGCGGCUCCUGUAGGGGACCUGAGCGCAGCUGUGGAAGAGGACACAGUGGGGAACGUACUCUCUGAACUCAGAAACCAUCGAUGUGGCGAGAUAUGUUGAUUUGACCUCAAAGAAACCAUUUGCUGUUCUCACUUUUAACUGAAAGAUAGGAGUACAGAGCAACGCUAAAUGGGGAGGAUAUAGAAAUGUGGUUAAGAGACUGCCACAGUCAUGCAUGCACUGAUGCUAAAUACUAAAUGUGCCUUUAAACAUUAAGAUGAAUGUUUUACAGCCAGUGUUAAUAGUGCAGAAGCGGCUAGAACUGUAAAUCGUGAUAUUCUGGAUUAUUAGGGUCAUUCGAAUGUGUCCAUCGUGUUCUUUUAUUAUCAUCUAGUGCCUUAUCAGCCAAAAAUCCCUUAACUAUCCGGAACACAAUAGCGUCCUUGAAAAACAUGGUUUGGAUCUUUUCUCAAACUAUUUAAUGUUGGACCAAGAAAUGUUCUCAUAUACUAUGAAAAUCAACUAUCAUUUGAAAUGCAUUGUGUUUUUAUGGUUGAUCUAUUUAUUUAAUCCUGCUGCUAAAACCAGCACAACAUGAUAACUCACUUUAAACCCAUUUUCCGGAUCACUGUUGCCAUGUGCAAAAUAUUCUCUGCUUUUCAGUCAUUGUUUUUCCAUGAAGAAAAAAUAAAUGUUUUGGCCUGUAUUUCAUAUUUUGACCAUAAACACAAUAAUCUGUUGAGCUGGUUUGGGUUUUAUUUUGUAAAUAUGGCAGGAGUGUGUUGACCGCAGUCAAAGGGAUGUAUGUAUCUACAGACCUCAAUAAAAGUGCCAGUUGCGUUGUUUUCUGAACUGAAACGUCACCUCCUGAUGCCACACUGAAACAAUAAACUUUGUUUCUUGUCAUAAUGAAAUUGUUAAUAUUUUUUAAUCCUGUACAGUCGAGGGUUCAAUGAGAAAAUGUAUUUGCUGUUUGAAUUAAAGGAACUAUGUCAAGUAGCCCAGAAUAAACAACUAUAUUUGAACUA